UAGAAUGCCAUUGUGCUCGUUUUGUUUACAGUCGCAUGGCGUAAAGAAAUUUAAUUUUAUACUUAUUUCAAUUAAAAGUAAUACGGAUAGAUAAACUGAAUACUUAUUGUUGAUAAACUGAACAGAACAAGGGUUAGUCGUGACAGGAAAGAAAAACAAAACACUCUAACGCCUACAAACGUGCGAUUCAUUUGCUUCUGGGUCUACCUCGAACAGUUUUGGUACCAAUGUCGUACCUUUCGAAUUUCACUGCCGAAACCGGUAAGACCAUCCUGAUCGACGUGCUGAAAACGGUUAACCAGGCAGAGAACGCAAAGAAACUGUCGGAGGCAAAAGCCAGCUCCGGCAAAGAGAUGAUCAAAAUGAUGCAGUUCGUGUUUCCUUUAGUGAUGCAACUGCAGAUCGCCGUCAUCAAAGAGUAUGGAUUCCCGGCAAAUCGGGAAGGGUUGGUGCAGUUCGAGCAGAUCAUACGCGAGUUCGAACGGGAGGACGUGGAUAUUGCCCGACUACGGUCGCAGAUACGAUCGAUCUAUCUACCACCGAUUAAUAUAUACAAUACGAACGAUGUGUUAAUUUAAAUGGUUCGAAAUCAUUACAGGAUUCUUAAAUUGAGUUGAGACAAAAGGAAGUUUUUACAUGAAUGUAUCGUAUUGUUCUUAACAGUUUUAUAAUACUCUAGAUAUAGGUAAGACUGAAUCGAAAAAAAAAACACUCGAUAUUUUAUGGACAAGUUUAACACGAUAAGUUACAAAUCCUCAAAUUUUGCAUGAUACUGCCAGUGUUAACAAUAAUAGCGAACUGAACUGCUUCAUUAAGACUACCGUUUUUAGAUUUACAAGUAUUUAGGUAAUGCGGCAAAUAAACGUGACAUAAUACUAA